CAUAUUUGACGUUUAAUUUUCCAUAAAUCGCAGAAAAUGGCUUGCAUGAAGUCGAUUAACAUUUUGCAACAGCUAAAAAAUUGCCAUUUGAGCACUCGUUUGCUCAGUACAAGCUCUCGGGCUCUUUGUCAAACUCGUGAUGUUACACAUACAGGACAAGUGUUCGAGCCGGAAGAUUAUCGCAACGCACGUUUCCAAAAUGCUGCCCGUAUCGUAAAUCCCAAUUGGGGCAUCAAAUUGAUCGAAGAACAGCCAAUUAUCGAAAGUACACAACGCGUUGUUUCGUGCAAUGGAGGCGGAGGUCCUCUCGGGCAUCCAAAAGUGUACAUUAAUUUGGACAAACCAGGAGCUCAUUCAUGCGGAUAUUGCGGCUUACGAUUCCAAAAGAAAGAUCAUCAUCACUAAAUUCAUGGAUUUUUGUGUUAAUGUUAGAGAAAAAUUCAACUUUUGCAAAUAAAUAAGUUGGAGAAUUGUAAAAAGGUCAAAAAAUGUUGUUA